AUGAAAUCUCCGCGAAGAGGGGGUAAAUUGGUAAUUUCCACCAUAUUUUUUUUGAGAAAAACGAAGGGGUCCUAUUUUGGUCCCCACUGGUCCCCGUUCCUCGUCCACCCUCCGCAUCGGCUCCUCCAGGCUUUGAUCGAAGACUUCAAAUCCGGCAACGACUUCAACUCCGGCGACGACUUCAACUCCGGCGACGACUUCAACUCCGGCGAAAUCAAGUCGCAGAGCUCUUUCCGUCACCGAUGGACCCCGAAUUCCCCGAUGUUAUGGCCGAUGGAUAUGGUUCCCGGAUACGUUUUUGCGGAUGAUCCAUUCCGUGGAGGGGGACGUCAGUCCGCAGAGGCUACUCCGCGGAGUGAUGUGUUUCCUCCGCGGAAUGUUAUAAUCCAACAUUGCAUUCUCCGCCCUAACAACCAACCUAUUAAUGUCGAGGCAAACCCGGAGGAGCUGAUGUUGUCGUUUUAUGUUCGUUAUGUCAAUUGGACUCUUAACCCUGUAGAGUCUCCCCCACGGCAACAUAGUCAUGUCCGAAAUAGUCCACCUCCUGUUGCCUCGCCUGCUCGAAGAAGGAUGUACAAGUCCGAAAUACAAACAUCUUCGACUGAAUCUGCCACAAAUGCUUCUUCCUCGCAACAUCUUGAAACAGAAACAAGUUAUAUGUCACACGACACAUCAAGAUUGGUAAAGAAGAAGAAGACGAGCACAAAGGCAUUAGUGAAGCGUCUACUAGGCGUUGUGGCUGACUUAAGUUCUAAAGUAGACCGUGUAUUACAAAAAAAAGAUGAACCCGACAUAAAUUUUGAACCAGACAGAAGGUUUCGAGAGGAGGAAGAGAUGAUAAAUGAAGAGGAGGAAGAAAAAUAUUACCAUGAUACACAUUUUGACUAUGAUAAUAUAGGUAGUCAUGGUUUGGAGGGGGGAUUUGAGUCUACACCUACGCAUGUUGAGCCGUCAUUGGACGUGGGUGAACAUCACACAAAAGAAAUGACUCCUAUUCUUAGGCCGCAACGAAAGAGGGGUGUUCCACGAAAAUCACCAAAGCAAAGAAAAAAAAAAGUGGUGAAGAAUCCUGAAAAAGCAAAUGAAGACAUUGUGAAUGAAGAGAGUAAUGAUGUUUCAAAUCAUCUCCUGCUCGACAGUGUUGAAGCUGCCAGUACGUUGACUUUUUGGAAAGAAUGGAAUAGUAUCUCUUCCAACCUGAACACUAAACAUAGGCUGCAUAUGCUCACACUAGAUGUGGAGUUUUGGUCGAGAGGCCAUCCUAAAUGGAAGGAUAUGGAUAUGGUUCUAUUCCCCAUAAACGUUCCUCAUGCCCAUUGGUUUUUGGCAGUGCUACAUUUAGAUAUUUGGAAAGUACACAUUUAUGAUUCAGCACGAUGUAUGAAUUACUUCACAACGUACUUGACUGGUGGAGAAUUCAAAAGUUUUGGGGAUAGUAUAAUCGAAGAGCUAGAUACGAUUGACUACUGGAAGGAAUUCCCUGAUGCACACAAAGACAACGCAGUUGUGGAGUUUAUUGAUAUUGUAGAUGCGCCACAACAAGAAUAUAUUACUAAUAAAGGGGAUUGUGGAGUAUUCGUAAGCAUGUAUAUGGAAAUGAUUGCUUCGGGGGUACCGGUGAAGAGUGAUAAGCCAUGUAGAGAUGCGAGAUUUUUCUACAGAAAUAUGAUGACAAAUAUUAUUUGGGAUACUAAAUAACUUGAUGUUUGGAAGUUUGUAUACAUUAUUAUGAAAUACUUGUUUUUAGU